AAGAGGUCUUUGAGAUGGAUUGUAGCCGGAAAUUUCUAUCUCUACAACUCCAUCUAGAGAGAGAGUGUGAUUAGAGAGAAGGAUUCAUUCAUUCAUACCUUCGUUGAAGUUUCCUUCAUUGGAUCUCUGAUCAACAUUGUUUGAAUUUCCACAGUUUGACUGCAGCUGGAAUUACAAUUUCAUUCUUUACCGAUUUGAUUCUGUCAACAAACCCUAACCCCGAUUCGUGUUACCGCAACUGCUACCAAGAAGAUGAAGAGGGUCUUCGGCAUUAAGAAAGACAAAGAGCCCCCUCCUUCCAUUCAGGACGCCUCCGAUCGGAUCAACAAAAGAGGUGAAACUGUUGAUGAAAAGAUCAAAAGGCUUGAUGUGGAGCUUGCAAGAUAUAAAGAACAGAUCAAGAAAACUAGACCGGGACCUGCUCAAGAAGCUGUGAAAGCUCGAGCUAUGAGAGUUUUGAAGCAGAAGAAGAUGUAUGAAGGGCAACGCGAUAUGCUCUACAAUCAGACAUACAACCUAGACCAAGUAUCAUUUGCUGCAGAGGGAAUUAAAGAUGCCCAACAAACUAUGUCAGCGCUGAAAUCAGCAAACAAGGAGCUGAAAGGAAUGAUGAAGACUGUGAAGAUUCAAGAUAUAGAUAAUUUGCAAGAUGAGAUGAUGGACUUGAUGGAUGUUAGCAGUGAAAUCCAAGAGUCCUUGGGUAGAAGCUAUAAUGUUCCUGAUGACAUCGAUGAGGAUGACCUCAUGGGAGAACUUGAUGCACUGGAAGCAGACAUGGGUCUGGAGACUGAAGAAGAUGGGAUGCCUUCGUAUCUUCAACCUGAUAAGGAACAUGAUUUGGACGGAGAACUUAACUUGCCUUCAGCUCCAUCAGGACAUAAUGCAAUGCCAGCUGGCCGGGUCAAUACUCAGGCUGUGGAUGAAAUGGGUCUGCCUGCGGUGCCUCGUGCAUCUCUCCGAGGUUGAAGAGAGAGUUGUGAGAUUAUGUUACAGGUGGUUUGAACAUAUUGUGAAGAACCUGCUGAUAAUAAUAAUUAGCAUUUGAAUGUUAUACUGUUUUUGUAUGUUUAUUUGACAGCAGCAUCAACCAACAGCUUAUUCAAGGUAAAGAGAUCGUGUUCUUUACCAUUGUAGUAUCUAGCUAAAAACGUUACCCACCCACAUAUUAUUAUUGAUUGAUUGAUUUGCUUAAAUCUACUGUCUACUUGUUAUU